AUUCUGCACUGUGUCAGGAGAUUGAAAGAGUGUAUGGAAAGAGGGAGGGAGAAAUGAGCUGUAGAAAAACAGAUGUGGCGUUAAGCUGAGGGAUGGAAGGAUGAAGAGCCUGAGAGACUGUAAGAGAAGCAGCAUGAUCACCUCGUCUGUUCGUCCCGUGGCAUGUCCAGCGUUGAGCAGAGCGCUGUCAGCCUCGACCAUGUUUGCAGGAGCUGAAGGAGCGGCAAAGGCUGAGCAGAGGAGCAGUGUACGGAGCUUCCAGCAGAUUCCCCACACCGGCAGCAACGGCUGGGUCAACCUGCUGCACUUCUGGAGGGAGGGAACCUUCAGCCAGCUCCACAAACACAUGGAGCAAACUUUCCAAAUGCUCGGACCAAUCUACAGGCAGUACCUAGGCUCUCAGUGCAGUGUUAAUAUCUUGUUGCCGGUGGAUAUUGGUGAGCUGUUCCGCUCAGAGGGUUUGCAUCCACGGCGCAUGACCCUGCAGCCAUGGGCCACACACAGAGAGAGCCGCAAACACAGCAAAGGAGUCUUCCUCAAGAAUGGAGCGGAGUGGCGUGCUGACCGGCUGCUGCUGAACCGGGAGAUGAUGCUGAGUUCGGCUGUGCGCCGCUUCCUGCCUCUGUUGGAUGAAGUAGCGAGGGAUUUCAGUCAUUUACUGCACCUCAAAGUCCAAAAAGAGGGACGAGAGGAGAAUGGGUUACACAGUCUGACCCUUGAUCCCAGUCCUGACCUUUUUCGCUUUGCUCUGGAAGGGAGCUGUUACGUCCUGUAUGGUGAGCGGAUCGGUUUGUUCUCAUCUGAGCCUUCACAGGAAUCUCAACGCUUCAUCUGGGCAGUGGAGCGCAUGCUGGCCACCACGCCUCCGCUUCUCUACCUGCCCCCCCGCCUCUUGCUCCGCCUACAUGCCCCCCUGUGGACCCAACAUGCCACUGCAUGGGACCACAUCUUCAGCCACGCGGAGACCCGCAUUCAGAGGGGUUACCAGCGGCUCCAGGCUGCGGUCGGUAAUGCUGCAGGGGCAGUACAGGGUUCAUUGGGGCAGUUUCCAGGUGUGCUGGGCCAGUUGAUGGAAAGGGGUCAGUUACCCCUGGAACUCAUCAGAGCCAACAUUACAGAGCUGAUGGCUGGAGGCGUCGACACGACAGCGGUUCCUCUGCAGUUUGCUCUCUUUGAGUUGGCACGAAACCCCAGCGUACAGGAGCAAGUGCGUGCACAGGUGCAGGCCUCAUGGUCACAGGCGGCGGGGAAUCCCCAGAAGGCCCUACAGGGGGCACCACUGCUGAAAGGGGCAGUGAAGGAGACAUUGAGGCUGUAUCCUGUGGGGAUCACGGUGCAGAGGUACCCCAUCCGAGACAUCGUGCUGCAGAAUUACCACAUACCUGCUGGGACACUAGUGCAGGCUUGUCUGUAUCCUCUGGGCCGCAGUCAGGAUGUGUUUCAGGAGCCUGAGCGCUUUGACCCCAGCCGUUGGGGGCCAGGCGGUGAGGAGGGCACCAUGGAGACGGGCUCAGGGGCGGGGUUCCGCUCAUUAGCGUUCGGUUUUGGAGCGAGGCAGUGUGUGGGAAGGAGAAUCGCCGAGAAUGAGAUGCAGCUACUGCUCCUGCAUAUUCUGAGGAACUUUCGCCUGAGUGUUUCAUCAAAAGAAGAGCUUAAAACCAAAUACACACUCAUCCUCCAACCAGAGUCUCCGCCCACCAUCAAUUUUACCACUCUCUCACACAGCUAAGUUAUUGAUCCAUCAGUCAAUAAACCAAUGUCACUCAGCUGAUCAGUCAAUACCUGGCAUUUCUUUCACAGAAACAUAAACAAAAUAAUCGUUGAACACCACUAAUCAAUAUGCAGUUUCAUUAUGAGUGAUUGCUAA